GGAGAUUUUUUCCGGUCACAAGUAAACAAGAUGACGUCUGGCAGCAGGUCGAGUGAAAACGACUUCCGUCGGAAAUGGGACAAAGACGAGUACGAGAACCUCGCCCAGAAACGUCUGGUGGAGGAGAGGGAGCGUGAAUGGCGAGAUGGAAAAACUGCGCCGCCGGUCAAGCGGGACCUCCUGCAUCACCGGGACUACACGGUGGACCUCGAGUCCAAACUGGGGAAGACCAUCAUCAUCACCAAGACCACACCGCAGGCCGAGAUGGGCGGGUAUUACUGUAACGUGUGCGACUGUGUGGUCAAAGACUCCAUCAACUUCCUGGAUCACAUCAAUGGCAAAAAACAUCAGAGGAACCUGGGCAUGUCGAUGCGGGUGGAGCGCUUGUCUCUUGAUCAGGUGAAGAAGAGAUUCGAGGUGAACAAGAAGAAGUUGGAGGAGAAGCAGAAGGAGUACGACUUCGAGGAGCGCAUGAAGGAGCUGCGGGAGGAGGAGGAGAAGGUGAAGGCGUACAAGAAGGAGAAGCAGAAGGAGCGGAAGCGACGGGCGGAGGAGGACGUGGACUUCGAGGAGGACGAAGAGAUGGCGACAGUAAUGGGCUUCUCUGGCUUCGGCUCGUCCAAGAAGAGCCACUGAAGCUCCGCCUCUCUCAGGCAGGAAGCAGGUUUCUGCCCCGCCCUCUCUACAUCAGGCGGCGGUUCGGACUUAGGCGG